GACAAACUCCAAAACUCUCUCAUACAGACUCCUGCUCAGAGUCUUAGUGGUCCAGUAUGGAGUUGCUGCUGCUCGCUCUCUGUAGCUAACUUGAAGCAGCCUGGAUGGAAAGCUGAGGCGUGCUGGAUGGAGAACCUGUAGACUCUCACAUCAUCUGUCUGUACUGACUGGAGACAUCAGCAGUCUGUUCACUAUGGAGUCUGGCAGAGUUUGGUCCAGAUAUCAGAGGACGGUGCUGAUCACAAUGAUGAUGUUCAAACUAGGGUUACUGUGUACAGCAGCAGCAGACAGGUGUUUAUCCUCUCCUUGCAACAAUGGUGCAAAAUGUGUCGACCACAGAGGUAAAUAUGUGUGUCUGUGCAUCAAAGGACCAGUGUGGUACAUGGGUAAAAACUGUGAUGAGCUGUACGAUCCCUGCAUUUUAGCACCUUGCACCAACUGUACUGGCCAACUUGGGAUGAAUAACUUUACCUGUCAGUGCCCGGAUGGCUUCACAGGGAACAGCUGUGAGGAGGAUGUGGAUGAAUGUCAGAGCAACCCCUGCAGUGGUGUUAAGUCCAACUGUCUGGACAGAGUCAAUGGGUAUUCAUGCCACUGUCCCCUUGGACUGGGAGGUGAGGACUGCCAGGAUGACGUGACCACUUGCUCAAAGGAAACAUGCCAGAAUGGGGGCACUUGCCUGGAUAUCCCUGACCUUGGCCCCCAAUGCCAAUGCGCUGAUGGAUUUCAGGGGAUGAACUGUGAGGAGGAUGUAGAUGAAUGCAAGUCUGACCCCUGCCAGAAUGGAGCCAUCUGCAAAGACACAGUCAACGGCUACCAGUGUUUCUGUGUGCCUGGAUUUCAGGGUUACCACUGUGACCUGGACAUCAAUGAAUGUGCCUCACAACCCUGUCAGAACAACGGCACAUGUCAGGACAUGGUGGAUUACUAUGUGUGUGCCUGUGCUCCAGGUUUUGAAGGCAUUAACUGUGAGCAAGAGAUCAAUGAAUGUGAGUCUCUACCCUGUCAGAACGGCGCCACCUGUCGAGACCAUGUCGCCAUGUACUCGUGUGAGUGUGUGGCAGGUUUCCAGGGCCAAGACUGUGAGAUCAACAUUGACGAAUGUGCCAGCAUGCCAUGUCUUAAUCGGGGCAUGUGCAAUGAUAUGGUCAACAGUUAUCAGUGUGACUGUGACGGAACAGGCUUCAUUGGGGACCACUGUGAAAACGACAUUCUUGAAUGUGCGUCUGACCCCUGCCAGCAUGGAGCCACGUGCUUAGAAGGAAUCAACCAAUAUGAGUGCCUCUGUUGGGCAGGUUACAGAGGGGAAAACUGCCAAGUGGAUGUAGACGAGUGUGGGCAGCAUCCAUGUGAAAAUGGUGGGGAGUGUUUCCAGCGCUCCGAUCUCCAGAACUAUGGGAGGCUUCCUGAACUAAGCAUUGCCAAUUUCAGCUAUGACACAGCAGCUGGCUUCAUUUGUCACUGCCAGCCAGGAUUUGCAGGUGAUAACUGUUCUGUCAAUGUGGAUGAAUGUCAGUCUGCUCCAUGUCAUCAUGGAGGAAGCUGUAAGGAUCUGGUCAACUCCUUCCAAUGUGUGUGUCCAGAGGGCUUCACAGGUGCUCUCUGCGAGGUUGACAUCAAUGAGUGUGACAGCAAUCCCUGCCAGAAUGGCGCCACGUGCGAAGAUGCUGCCAACUCCUACAGGUGUCACUGCCCCAUGCCAGAGCAAGAUCAGGAACCUUGGGGUGGACGUGACUGUGAUGUCAAGUUACUUGGCUGUUGGCUGCACCAAUGUCAACAGGGGGCAACCUGCAUCCCCAUAUUGAACAUCGACAGGACGCACGGUUACAUCUGCAUGUGCCCCCCUGGCUGGGGUGGAGAACACUGCAACAGUUUAACCACCUUCUCCUUUAACACAGAGGGUUAUGUUCAUAUGCACCUGCCUGUUUUCAAGAACAGGACAAAACGAGAGGUUGUAGAUAAAAUCCAAGGACUCCACAUGCAGCUACGUUUCAAGAGUACUCUACCCAACAUGGUGCUGUACUACCGGGGCACCAUGGAGCAUUUUCUAUCCCUGGAGCUUGUUAACGGCUUUAUUCAGGCUACAGUAAACUGUGGGAGGUUACUGAUGGUAGUUUACUCCAGCCCAGUCAAUGAUGGAGAAUGGCACCAAGUGACUGUAACCAUGGAUGAAGGAUUAGUUCUGACCGUCACAGGACCUGGUUGUAAGGAAGGAUGCUCGGUGAGGAAUGGAGGUCACAACUAUCUGAUUUUCGUCCAGCCCAGCUUUUUCCAACAGCUCUAUAUAGGAGGAAUUCCUCAUGAAUAUUCCCUUCACCUAUCCAGUGGAAAGGGAUUCAUUGGCUGUAUGGAAGACCUUAAGGUUGAUCAUAAACUGCUGCUACCUCAGGAUCUGAUCAGGGAGGAAAACAAGGGCUUGGAACUUGGAUGUUCAAAAAAAGAUUGGUGUUCUGAGGAUGCCUGCCUGGACAAAGGAGAGUGUGUGGACAUGUGGGUUCGUGCAAACUGCAUAUGUUAUCGGCCAUAUUACGGCAGCAACUGUGAAAAAGAAUACCAGUCAUGGACGUUUGGCCAUGAGAACACUAGCAGCUACUCUUCUGUCAACAUUUCAAACAGCCAUGGAGAAAACUUCACCAUUUCCUUUUUAAUGCGCUCCCUGAAACACAACGGCUUGCUCCUGCAGUUCCACCGAGAGGGAAAGUCCUACUUGACGGUCUAUCUGAAGGAAAGCACUGUUGCCAUCUACAGUCCUCACACAACUCUGCUGUCAGAAGCCAAGCAAGUCACUGAUGGGAAGAUUCAUUUGGUGACCAUAACGAUUAACAAUGGCCAUGUGGUUUUUCCUAAAGCGAGAAAUCAUCGUGCCUUGGGCAAUGUGAGUAUCGAAGCAGGAGAUGUGGCAUUUAUUGGAGGCCUUCCUCCAGACAAGAACAUGAAUGCCUGGGGUGGACACUUCAAGGGAUGCCUGCAAGACAUUCGACUAGAUGAGAAACAAAUGAGUUUUGGGGAUCAUCUGGAGGGUUUGGAGGUUUACCAAUCAACAACGGAAAACAUCCUUAAAGGAUGUCACAGUGACAACACUUGCAAGGAUAACCCCUGUUUUAAUAACGGACAAUGUCAGGUCACUUGGAAUGACUUCAGGUGUGUGUGUCCCGUUAACUUCUCUGGCCAGCUGUGUGAAACACGCCUGUGGUGCAUUGAAAAGCCGUGUUUUAAAGGUGCAAGCUGUGUGGAUCUAACGGAUGGUUAUGAAUGUUUAACAGAAGCUGCCUUUCAGGACAACUCUCUUCAGUAUGUUGCCAACAGCUCCCUGGUGAACCCUGUGACCAACAUCACCAUGGCCAUACGGACACGGGACGAAAAUGGGAUCUUGUUGCGUUCUGAAGGCAGAGAUGAGAUGUUUUGUCUGGGAUUAUUAAACGGCAGUCUGCUGGUCAAACUGGACAGUGGGGUAGGAGAGGAACUGCUGGCUUUUAUGAGUGUUGGGACCAUUGCAGAUGGGGCAUGGCAUGAGAUCCAGCUCAGUAUGGUCAACCCUCUGUUUUCAGUGUCUCGUUGGCACCUCAAUGUCGAUGGGCAAAGGGCAGGUGGCAGCUUUGGAGUUGGGGGCAACCUAAACUUUCUAAAUAAUAGCAAAGUUUGGCUGGCAGAAAACUACACUGGAUGUUUACGAGAAGUGAGAAUAGGUGGUGUCUACCUACCUCUCAUAAAAGUACCAGAUAACCCUCAGCGAAGCCAGUUUUCCAGGAUCAGUGGGCAUGAGCCAAGCAUUGGAUGUCAAGGCUCACCAGUUUGUAAUUCCCAGCCCUGUCUAAACCAGGGUGUGUGUCAGGACCAAUUUAACAAGUUUAACUGCAGCUGCAGACCUGGAUGGGAAGGGGACUUCUGCGAGAAGGAGAUCAAUGAAUGCUCUUCAGCUCCCUGUGUCUAUGGUCACUGUAAAGACCUCGUGGCAGACUACCAGUGUGAAUGUGAACCUGGAUACAAAGGGAAAAACUGUCAGGAUGAGGUGAAUAACUGCCUGGAGUUCAGCUGUGUUAAUGGAGGAGUCUGUGCAGAAAGUACAGGAACCCAUACAUGUUCAUGUCCCCAUGGGUACAAGGGUGCACGUUGCCAAUGGCGUCUCCCUCCAGUAGCUUGUGAUGCAAAUAUGGAUUGUCUCAAUGGUGGGAUUUGUAUAGGAGGCAACUGCACCUGCAAACCUGGAUACACCAGCUUCAGGUGUGAGACGGAAAUAGAUGAGUGUGAGUCCAGUCCUUGUCAAAAUGGAGCCACCUGUCUGAACCGCCUCAACCACUUCCAAUGUGUUUGUGUCCCAGGCUUCAGUGGCAAAUUAUGUGAGAACAAUAAAGGGGAGCACAAGGAAGGAGUUCCCUGGCUGGCAGUGACCAUCCCCCUUAUCACCCUGUGUGUGCUGUUAGCCAUCCUGACGGUGUUUUUCCUGAUCAUGACAGCACGGAAGAAGCGGCAGUCGGAGGGCACAUACAGCCCUAGCUCACAGGAGGUGGCUGGUGCAAGGCUGGAAAUGGGUAGUGUGCUCAAAGUGCCACCAGAGGAGAGGUUGAUCUAAGCCUUAAGUUGCCGCCACAAUUUUACAUCCAAAGGAUGCAUAUAAAGGUCAGAGAGAACAUAUAUUUGGCAGUGUCAUACUGCUUUGACCUCUAUCCCAACAGAGAAGAGACGGUGAGGAAGUUUGUAACUUCCUGGAAUAACUACUGACGUUGGAUUCAUCGGUAAAUGCUGAACAAAAUAAACUUUUACUUCUGAUUUCCAGUGAUGAUACAAUGAUUAAUAUGGCUGCUUGUGCAAAAAAAAAAAAAAAAAAAAAAAAAAAA